GCCUGGAAGAGACCGACAUCUCCGUUCUUCACGACCGAUCAUCCAACCGUCCUUCCUUCUUCCAGCCCGUUUGGUUCUGAGACGACUCUUCAGCGGACAAGAUGAGAAUGAUCCUUCUGCUGGUGCAGCUGGCCACCUGCUGUGCCAUCGCUAUCAGCUGCUAUCAAUGUAACCUUGGAGCGUCCUACUUCACCGACUGGGACUGGGGUACUCAAUGUACCUCCACCCUCGCCCCAUGUCCAAAUGCAGGAGAUCAGUGCUCCGUCACCAAAGAGAAAGGUACAGGUGCCUAUAAGAUGGAAUGCAAGGCUGAUUGUAAAGCUGAUGCUAACACUAAGUGCUGUGACUCUAAUGGAUGCAACAAGUGGCUGGACGUGAGCAAGGAUGUACCAGCAUGGAAGAAGCUGGAGGCCAUCAAGGCAGCUUGCGACUCCAGCAGCCUGAAGAACCUGAAAGACUGCCUGGAAGCCAUCUCCUCUCCCAAGACUAUCAGCUGCUAUCAAUGUGACCUUGGAGAGAACUACCUCACCGAGUGGAGUAAUGCAUGUUCCUCCAAACUCACCCAAUGUCCAAAUGCAGGAGAUCAGUGCUCCGUCACUAAAGGCUCAGGCCAGGUCUCCUAUAAGGUGGGAUGCAAGGCUCCUUGUACAGAUGAUGAUGACACUAAGUGCUGUAACUCUGAUGGAUGCAACAACUGGCUGGACGUGGCUGAUACAAACCAACACUCUACUGUCAAGUCAGCAUGCAACAAUAAUGUCAAACAGUGCCUGGAUGCCAUCAUCAAGGCCAAGACUAUCAGCUGCUAUCAAUGUGACCUUGAAGAGGACUACCUCACCAGCUGGGACUGGAGUGCUAAAUGUAGCCCCACCACAUGUAAUGCAGGAGAGCAGUGCUCCGUCACUAAAGUGAAAGGUUCAGGCAAGGUCACCUAUAAGAUGGGCUGCAAGGAUGGUUGUAAAGAAGAUGAUAACACUAAGUGCUGUAACACUGAUGGAUGCAACAACUGGCUGGACGUGAGCAAGGAUGCUGAUGCAUGGAAGAAGCUGGAGGACAUCAAGGACGCUUGCAGCCCCUCCAGCAAGGACCUGAAAGGCUGCCUGAAAGCCAUCGACCCAACCAUCAGUGGUGGGGGGGGGCUGGCUGGUGGUUUGGGCCUGCCUUUGGUCUUGGCCAUCAGCGUGAUUGUGUUGGUGGUACUGGGCUAACCCCCCAUGCAGCCCCCCCUUCCCCCCCAGCCAUCAGCGUGAUUGUGUUGGUGGUGCUGGGCUAACCCCCCCAUGCAGCCCCCCCCCCCCCCAGCCAUCAGCGUGAUUGUGUUGGUGGUACUGGGAUAACCCCCCCAAUGCAGCCCCCCCCCCUUUUCCCCCUUUCACAUGAAAAGGCUAAAAAAAGAAAAGAAAUAAUCCAACAAAGCAACUUUCCAUCAACCUGACCUGAUGUGAUGUUUGCACCCCCCCACAUGACCAGCCCCUCCCUUACUGUUACACUCGGGGGUGUCGCAUGUGCGGCCCCGGGGCCCAUGAAGGUCUUAAUAUGAGCAAAGUGUCAUUCAUUGUCAUCAAAUUGGGGGGGCACAGAAAUUGUUAGACGGGAAGAAAAUGUCAGAAGAAAGUUGAAGUGGUUGGAAAAUAAAAAUAAAACCAAUAAAAAGCUGUGAUGUGCAAAUGAACGAGUUGUUAAACGUCAUGAAUGCAUGGUUGUACAAUGAAUGCAUGAUUGUACAAUGAAUGCAUGGUUGUACAAUGAAUGCAUGAUUGUACAAUGAAUGCAUGGUUGUACAAUGAAUGCAUGGUUGUACAAUGAAUGCAUGAUUGUACAAUGAAUGCAUGAUUGGACAAUGAAUGCAUGGUUGUACAAUGAAUGCAUGGUUGUACAAUGAAUGCAUGGUUGUACAAUGAAUGCAUGAUUGUACAAUGAAUGCAUGGUUGUACAGUGAAUGCACGAUUGUACAAUGAAUGCAUGAUUGUACAAUGAAUGCAUGGUUGUACAAUGAAUGCAUGAUUGUACAAUGAAUGCAUGAUUGUACAAUGAAUGCAUGGUUGUACAAUGAAUGCAUGAUUGUACAAUGAAUGCAUGGUUGUACAAUGAAUGCAUGAUUGUACAAUGAAUGCACGAUUGUACAAUGAAUGCAUGAUUGGACAAUGAAUGCAUGAUUGUACAAUGAAUGCAUGAUUGUACAAUGAAUGCAUGAUUGUACAAUGAAUGCAUGAUUGUACAAUGAAUGCAUGAUUGCACAAUGAAUGCAUGAUUGCACAAUGAAUGCAUGAUUGCACAAUGAAUGCAACCACAAGUAUCAUUCUUGUCCAAAAGGAUGGAAAAGGCAACAUGAGAAGGAAAUGAACAAGAUGACUUUAAUGACUGGAAAACAUAAUUUUCAUCAAUAAACUCAC